GGCGUUUGUUCAGGGGCGGUGCGGGUUACUGCGCAUGCUCUUAACGGGCGAGCGCAAUGUGGCGACUGAACGCAGGGCAAAGUGAUGAUGUAUUCGAUGAGGAGGCGGAUGAACUGCGGCUGCCGAGGAAUGAGUGGAAUAUCUGCAUGGGGCAGCGGCUCAAGGAAGGCUAUAGGGAUGGGCUAAAUGCUGGCCGAGAAUCCACUUUACAGCGUGGCUUCAAUGAAGGUUACCAAGAGGGUGUGAAGAAGAUGUUGGUUCCUGGACAGACGAAAGGGCUUCUGAGUGCCUUGCUAUCGUGGUGUCACGUGAAUGGGAAUGAUCCUAAUCUACUGGCCAAAAUAAACCAACUCCUUGGUGUUGCUGCCCAGCAAGAGGAGCUUAUUUUUAGAAAUCUGAGUGCGCCUCCACAAGAAACCACUGUAAGUGAUGUAACGGAGUGCAUUGAGGGCAUGGGCUUGGACACUGUGCCAGAGAAGCAACCAGAGGCAGGUAGCUGCAGUGGUGCUGAAAGUGAGAACUGCAGCUCUGGCAGUGAGAUUGGAAAUCAUGACUCCGGAAUCAAUACUACCACUUUGUCACAUCAGAUUUGCUGUAGGACUGCACCAGGAAUUGAUGAAGCAGAAAUGAUUAGGCAGCUCUGUCGAGACUGUGCCCUCUUGUUGAAAGACUGUGAGCUACCAUCGGAUAUAGCAUUUCAUUUCCAGCUGUAACCUUAACAAUUUUUUAGAAAAGGGCGUGUGCCCAAUGUUUUCCUACAUCUUUUGGGAGAUUUUAAUGUGGUUAGUUGAAUAUUCACUACCUCUAGAGGCAAUUUAAAAAAUAAACUUAAACUGUAAGGAU